GAUUAUAUAAGCAGCUUCCGGCCGUCGCCUCCCCUGCCUGCCUUCCCAAUCAUCACCUCCUGAAUCCUCUCGCUAAAACCUCUCUCUCUCUCUCUCUCUCUCUCUCUCUCUCUCUCUCUCUCUCUCUCUCUCUCUCUCUCUCCACACAGAAUUCGUGGUCGUGGCCUCGUGGGUCGUCGGCUACCGUGUCGCAUCAAAGGAGAAGAGGGCGGACGAGGAGGGCACCCAAGCCAAUGGCGAAGGGCGGGUUGGGCAAGCUGCGGUGCAUGAUCAGGAGGUGGCACUCGUCCAGCCGCAUCGCCCGCACGCCAUCGGCCAUCGGCGAUGACCACGACGUCGACGGCGGAGCCAUCUCCGGCGACGCGCGCGCGCGCAGCGGCGGCGCGUCGUCGUUCCACGGCGCGGACGAGGUGCCCAAGGGCCUGCACCCGGUGUACGUCGGCAAGUCGCGGCGCCGGUACCUCAUCGCCGAGGAGCUCGUGGGCCACCCGCUGUUCCAAACCCUCGUCCACCGCACCGGCGGCGGCGCCACCGGGGGAGCCGCCGCAGCGGCGGGUACUACCGUCAUCGGCUGCGAGGUCGUCCUCUUCGAGCACCUGCUGUGGAUGCUGGAGAACGCGGACCCGCAGCCGGAGUCCCUCGACGAGCUCGUCGACUACUACGCGUGCUGACCGCAAGCACGUACGCACACAGAGCCCCCGCGCCCCGCGCCGGCGCCCGGCCGGAGCCCGCCGGAGUUGGAAGAGAAGCUCAGAGCUGCGGUAAACCAAUCAUUCGUUCCGGUUCCCGCGUCUUGCUAGUGUAUAUGUUGCCUUUGCUUCGUGUAGUCCUCGGCGUCCGUGCUAAUCGAAAAGACGCACGUACCGCCGAUUUACAUUUUUCACCACUGUUAAUUUGAUUGUUAUUACUGUAGUUACCAUUUAUGCAGCCCAAGACCGCUAGCUGCAGCUUUUCUCUGCUCCGUUGGUUUGAUUGGAUUCCAUUCCAUUGAAUUCUCUCUAAUUUCCUCGAUCGUGUAAUAGACAUUUCCAUUUAAUUAAAUUUCCUUUCGUCAGUUAGUAAGAUCUUCGGAUCAGUCUGGACAUCUGUGUCCACACAUGUACAUUUCAAUGCAAAAAGCUUAUAUUAAUUGAUUGCUUUGAUAAAAGA